AUGCUUCCCUUAAGAAUGCUAACCUUGCCAAGCGCGUGUAUGAGGCAAUGUUCCUAUCCCCUAGGGAAAUAUUUUGCAUCUUGUCAAAUACGGCCGCUCGUUGCAUAUUCUUUGAAAUAUCUGACAAGAUUGAAAUCGGGAAUCUUAAAGCAGAAUGAAGUCGCACGAGGAAUCUACAACAUAAAUGCUACGAGUCAAGCUAUGUGGCUUUCUACAUCGAGACCUAAUAACAAUGAUUCAUCUGAGAGUAUACAGAGCCUGAGAAUUAGAAAACCAAGUACGGUGCGUAAAGACGUUUUAAAGCUUUUGAAAUUAGCGAAGCCAGAAUACAAAUUAUUGGCGUUUGCUCUUGUUUGUCUAGUUAUAACUUCUGCUGUAGGCAUGUCUUUGCCUUUACUCAUAGGAAAAAUUUUGGACACAGUGAACUCGACUCCGCAGACGAUACAAGCAGAUGAUCUUCCGCACGAAAAAGUUGUUGAUACUUCGAGGAUUUUAGGGUUGGAUCCUUCUGUAUUUUAUACGGGCUUAUGUGUAUUUUUUGUGGUAGGGUCUGUUGCCAAUUUUGGAAGAGUUUAUUUAUUAAGGUCAGUAGGCGAAAGGUUGGUAGCACGCUUGAGAUCUCGUUUGUUUCUGAAAAUUUUGGCACAGGAUUCUUAUUUCUUUGAUAUUGGCCCAACGAAGGAAGGAAUGAAGACUGGUGAUUUGAUUUCAAGAAUAACGAGCGAUACGCAGAUCAUAUCACGUACCCUUAGUAACAAUAUAAGUGAGGGAGCGAGGUCCUUUAUCAAUGGCAUUGUGGGCCUUUCGAUGAUGUAUUUUGUAUCAUGGAAAUUGACGCUUUGUAUGAGUUUAAUUUUUCCACCGCUAGUCUUGAUGUCAUUCUUUUAUGGUCGGAAAAUCAAAGGCUUAUCCAGAAAGAUACAAGAAAAUUUGGGUGAAAUUACUAAAUUUUCAGAAGAGAAACUAAAUGGAUUGAAGACAAUUCAAAGCUUUGCUCAGCAGAGACUGGUAAUUCAUGAUUAUAAUAAGGAAAUAAAAAGAAUAUUUGCAAACUCGUUAAGAGAAGGUAAAUUGAGCGGUGUUUUUUAUGGCAUUAAUGGGUUCCUAGGAAACAUUACUUUGAUUGGUCUAUUGAUAAUAGGCACACGUUUCAUUACGGAGGGUGGAUUAUCAGUAGGUGAUUUGUCAAGCUUCAUGAUGUAUGCGGUUUAUACCGGAAGCUCUGUUUUUGGACUUGGAAACUUUUAUACAGAAUUAAUGAAAGGAAUUGGCGCUUCAGAAAGAGUUUUUGAGCUCCUUGAACUGAAACCUCAUAUAACAAAAAGCUCCGGAAAGAAAGUCGAUGCUUUAAGAGGCGAUAUUAAAUUUGAUAAUGUGAGAUUCAGUUACCCUUCUAGGUCCUUCACCGAAGUACUCCGUGGAUUGAAUCUAGUAAUUCCUCAGGGGGCAAAUGUCUGUUUUGUCGGACCAUCAGGAAGUGGGAAAUCAACGAUUGCACACUUACUUUUAAGAUUCUAUGACCCGAUUUCCGGCUCUAUAACAAUUGGUGGAGAAAAUAUAAGAGAGCUUAAUGUUAAUAAUUACCGCUCAAAGCUAGGCUACGUACAACAGGAGCCACUAUUAUUUGCUGGUACUAUACGUAGUAAUAUUCUAUUUGGUAAGAAAUCUGCUUCUGAGCAAGAAAUAUUAGGGGCCACAGAUUUGAGUAAUGCAACUGAUUUUAUCAAAAAUAUGCCAGAAGGUCUAGACACAAAAAUUGGGCCAUCAACUGGAACGCAGCUAAGCGGCGGUCAAAAGCAACGUAUUUCCCUUGCUAGAACUCUCAUUGAACGACCGAACAUUUUAAUACUCGAUGAAGCAACAUCUGCCUUAGAUUCAAUUAGUGAGGAAGUAGUCAUGAGAAACAUUAAAAAGCUAUGCGAACAUGAUAAUACGACUAUUAUCUCAAUUGCACAUCGCUUAUCUACAAUAAAGAACAGUGAAAGAAUCAUCGUUCUUAAUAACAUUGGCGAAGUGGUCGAAGAUGGUAAAUUCGAUCACUUAUACCUGCUCAAUGAUAGUCAGUUAAAUAAAUUACUCCAAAGCGAUUUGGAAUAA